GCCUGCCAAUGCCUGUUCUAUGAGGAGCCAGGAGCAAGUCAGCAUGGGCUCAUCAGCCAGCAUGCUGACAGCCCUCCUCUUUCUCCUGGAUGUUGGAGGAGCUCAAGUGUUAGCAACAGGCAAGUCAGCUGAGGCUGAAACUGAUAUCAAAUACGCCAUCAUCGGGACAGCUCUGGGUGUUGCCAUAUUAGCUGGCUUCCUGGCCCUGAAGAUCUGCAUGAUCAAAAAGCACUUGUUUGAUAUUGAUUCCUCAGACCUGAGAUUCAAUGAUACCAUCGCACUAAAGAAGACAGCCCCAAGAGAUGCGCAAGCGGUUGAACUCUAAGUGAGCAGCCACUCAGGAGAGGUUUGCAGUCUAGACAACUACCCACUGCAGUUUUGGAGAUGUCUUGAAUUUGAAUGUCCAAAACUGGUGAUGGAUCUUCACAUGGCAUUUAAUAUCCAGGGCAAAUAUGUUAUUUGAACGGAAUCUAUGGUGCCUCUGUCCUGAAGGAAAAUAUCACUUGUCUUCUGCAAGAAGCUUGCUACAUAGAGGGAGGCAUGAGCACUUUAUCCAGUAGUUAGAAAGGAUGGAAGCCACUGAAUUCAUACUGCCUAUCCUGGUCCCCAUGUCAGAGCUGUCAUGCUUCUGUGAUGGCAUUGCUUCUACCACAGCAAUGCUUAUGGAAUGAGAACCCAACUCAGGACACUGCCUCUUUAGCAUCACCAUCUUACAACAGGUAAGCAGCAUUUUCCAGAACUCAUGGCUUUACCUUCUUAGCUGCCAGAAGAAUCCGCCCAUGAACAUUCAGGUGUCUUGAUACAUGAAGACCAUGGGGCAGUCUCUAUUCCUAUAUAUGAAACACUGAUCUUCCAUAGAAGAAAUGGCAUGCUGGAUUAAAGUGAGAGAAGGAGGUGGCCAUGGACUGAGACUGGAGCUCUGCAGCUCCUAAAAUGAUGGGACCAACAAAAGACUAAAUGGGAAAGCAGAUGCUGUGCCUUGUAGAAAGCUAUACAAAUAUAAAUAGAUAUUGUUAUACUUAUAGAAUUAUUUUUUGGUUAUUAUUACAAUGUACCUACCUUGUCAUGGGGAGGCUUAAGAAAUCCACAUAUUUUUGUUAUUCUCAUAAACAUAAGACUCUGUGACACACCCCUGUUAACAUUUCUCUGCCCUGUAAUAUCAACCUUGUGUUUCUGGGGCUGCAUUAAAAGUACUGUUUGCCUCUCUGUUCAACAGAAAUCCAGGUGGUUAUAUGGAGUAGUUCUCCUUGGAUUUGAUUACUCUCCUCAUGUGUGAUCAAAGAUGAGCUAUAUUUCAAAACAAAGUGCUGUGUUACAAUAAUUUGCCUGGAUUCCCAGGGCAUCUUUCAUCUGACUUGAUAACAAUGUAGUUCAUUAGCAGCCUUUGUUAACUGAUAACCUAAAGCAGUAAUGCAAUACUCAUAAGUAAUUUUCUGUGUGUAAGAUAAAAUAA